AUGCAGCAAUACAGCUCGCCCCGCCAGGGGAUAUCCAAGUGGUGGUGCAUCGGCUUCUUCAUCGCUGCCAUCAUCUUCUUCAUCAUCGGUGGCGCACUGGUCGGCACCUACCUGAACUCCGGCUACUCGAGCUGCUACUCGGGCUCCUCCUACUAUUCCUACAGCUACUACUCCUGCUUCGAUGGCAACGACGGAGAGUUCUACGGCGGCAUUGCCAUGUUUGCUCUUGGUGGUGUCAGCAAGCUCAUUGCCUGGAUUCUCCUCAUUAUCUACUGCGUGCAGCGCCGCCGCGUCACCCAGACCAACAUCACCUACGUGAACGCCCCUGCUCCCAUGGAGCCUGUCCCUCAGCCGGGCUUCGCCGCUCCUCAGCCUGCCUACGCCCCGGGACAGCAGACCGCUCAAUUCCCACACUCCCCAGCCAGUCCGGCCCCCUACCCGGCGAGCGGCACUCCUCCACCCAAGGAGGCCACUGCCACUGCUUUCCGAUACUGUAGUCAGUGCGGUGCUGCCGUGGCGAGUCGUUUCUGCCCGCAAUGUGGCACUGCAAACUAA